UGUAAACGGACCAAUCGCGCCGGCGCUGAGGAAGCUCGCUCUGUUAUUUGGUAAAGGUGAAUGUUAGUAAAAGGAGGAGGAGGCCAAAAGAAGCUUACGCUCACCAAUGACCGGCCACGCACGGGGGUCACGUGCUGCCCCCAUCUCCCUUCCCCUCCCCUCCCCAUUCAUCAGGGGUGGACUGUGUGUUGUCUUUUCAAUUCAUUUAUCUGCAGGAAUGAUUGCGACUAUCAGUCCGAAGCAGCUCGACUCGCGGAGGAGGAGGUGAAAAAAGUUGGGGAAGAAGAUCAACCUGCAGAAAGGGACACAGACGACAACAACAACAAAAAUCGCGCGUGAUUUUGCGCGCGCGCAUCCUUGGAUGAGCUGGACUUGGGGGGAAAGAUUUUCCCUCUCCACUUAAGAAGAAGAAGAAGAGAAAGAAGAAGAAGAAGAAAAGUAAAUAGAAGUAAACAGGAGAGUGGAGUUUUGCUUGGGUUGCAUUAAGUGAGAGAGAAAUAACCCCAGCAGAGAGACAGUUGUUAUAGAGUUGCUGUUGCGUGAUUUCUCUCGGGCUGCUCCUGUUGCGGGUUAAAGAUGCUCUUGGACGCAGGAGCGCAGUAUCCGGCGAUCGGAGUGACUACUUUCGGUUCCUCCAGACAUCACUCAGCGGGUGAAGUGGCGGACCGAGAGGUGGCUUUGGGGAUCAAUCCGUUCGCAGACGGCAUGGGCGCGUUCAAAAUCAACCACGGCUCGCACGAGCUCGGGUCCGCCGGCCAGGCAGCGUUCUCCUCGCAGGCGCCCGCCGGGUACGCGGCCGCGGCCGCCCUGGGACACCAUCACCACCACCAUCACCACGCGACCCACGUCGGCUCGUACUCUACGGCUGCAGCUGCGGCGUUCAACUCCACGCGGGACUUUCUCUUCCGGAACCGGGGGUUCGGAGACGCGACAGGCGCGCAGCACAGCCUCUUCGCCUCUGCCGCCGGAAGCUUCGCGGGGCCGCACGGGCACUCGGACGCCGCCGGGCACCUGCUUUUCCCAGGACUACACGAGCAAGCAGCGACGCACGCGUCCGCCUCGAGUGUAGUGAACGGCCAGAUGCGCCUGGGCUUUUCCGGCGAUGUGUACGGCCGGGCUGAGCAGUACGGCCACGUGGCGAGCCCCAGGUCCGAUCCACACUACGCCUCAACGCAGCUACACGGCUACGGCCCCGUCAACAUGAACAUGGCUGCACAUCACGGCGCCGGUGCCUUCUUCCGUUACAUGAGGCAACCGAUCAAGCAAGAGCUCAUCUGCAAAUGGAUCGAACCGGAGCAGCUCAGCAACCCGAAAAAGUCCUGCAACAAAACUUUCAGCACCAUGCACGAGCUCGUCACUCACCUGACCGUGGAGCACGUCGGCGGACCCGAGCAGUCAAAUCACGUCUGUUUUUGGGAAGAGUGCUCACGGGAAGGGAAACCGUUCAAGGCCAAAUAUAAGCUCGUGAACCAUAUCAGAGUGCACACCGGAGAGAAACCGUUUCCGUGUCCGUUCCCUGGCUGUGGCAAAGUGUUUGCAAGAUCAGAAAACCUCAAAAUUCACAAGAGGACGCACACAGGUGAAAAACCUUUUAAGUGUGAGUUUGACGGCUGUGACAGACGGUUUGCUAACAGCAGCGACCGAAAGAAACACAUGCACGUCCACACGUCAGAUAAACCCUAUCUGUGCAAAAUGUGCGACAAAUCAUACACACACCCCAGCUCCCUCCGGAAACACAUGAAGGUUCACGAGUCUUCAUCUCAGGGCUCCCAGCCGUCUCCAGCAGCCAGCUCGGGCUACGAGUCCUCCACUCCUCCUACCAUCGUGUCUCCAUCCACAGAGAACCAGGGCAGCAGCUCCAUAUCGCCUUCAGCCUCCUCCACCGUGCACCACACCACCACCUCCACCCUGGCCUCAAAUUUUAACGAAUGGUACGUGUAAAUAUUUUCAACAACAACAACAACAACAAAAUAAAAGACUGCAGAUUUUAAGACUGCUUGGAAAUGAAAACAAUCAGCCUGUUCUCGCAAGGACUCUUAGAGGAAGAGAGAAAUUAAAAAAAAAAAAAAAUGGAGAACCUCGGUUGUUUUCUGGUGAUGUAGCAGAAAAAGAUGAGUGCAUGGACGCGGUUCGAGGCCGACCACAAUAAAUAGACUAAAACGUCUUUCCCUGAUAUACAUACAUAUAUAUAUAUAUUUUUUAAUUUUUUCUUUAAUUGUUUUUUUCUUCCUUUUUUAUUUUUUUAUUAUUAUUAUUAUUAAUUUUUUUUGUGUGUGGUAUUGGGAAAGAGACUGGGGAUGGAUGAGUUGCAUGCUACAUACAAGCAGGUAAAAAAAAAAGGAAAAAAAAAAGAUCCCUGCCUUUUUUUUUGUACAUAAAGAUUUACCUAGUUUAAAAUGUAAUAUUUUUAUUUUGUAAAUAGUCAUAAUACAGUUUAAGGGAAUUUGUGAACAAGAAGAACAAGAGGAAGAAGAAGAAGAAGAAAAGGAAGAGAGAGAGAAAAAAAAUGUGGUCCCUAGAUAUAUGGAAAAUGAGAUGGCUUUACGAAUAUUGCGAUGAUUUUAGUCUUGACUGAAAAUGGAGAAUGUUAUAGUUAAUGUGUACCAAAUGUGAAUUACUCAGUAUUAUUAUUAUUAUUAUUAUUAUUAUUAUUAUUAUUAUUAUUCUACCGUCUACACGUUUACCUAACCGAUUAUUAGUAUUAAUGUGCUUUUGUAUCCAGUGCAACAUUUCGUCUAAAGUCCAGUCUGAGUAGCACAAUUGUUGUUAUUUAAUGUCAUGUCGAUAAAUUGUGUAGUGAAAGCCUGAAA